UUUCUCCACAUCUUCUGGAAAAACAACUUCCGCUAAGUGUAUGUUCUUCUGACUGUCUUCAUACAUGUUCCACAACUCAUAUUGUUGUUUUCAGUUUGGCUUUAUAUUCCGCUGAAUCAUUACCUGUUCUGUGGCUUAGUUGGUUAAAGCACCGGUCUAGCGAACACGGAGUCGUGGGUUCGAGUGCCACCAGAACGCGAUUUUUUUUUUCACAAAAUUCAUCUCUCAAUUUGUCAAUUAGCAACAUUUCGUGCCUUCUAAUGACAAGUUUUUACAGCAUGUCCAUUGGGGUGGCUUCGUUUCAUAUAAGUGUGGGCCACCUUAAUGUCCAUAUGAAAAUAAGUUUUAAAAAAUCCCAAUUUGGUUGUGGAAUUCAAUAAGAAUUAUACCACGUGCUCAGAAAAGGCGGCAAAAGGGUUAUGCUAGAAUAGAUCAUGGUUAUGAACGAAACAAAAAUAUGAAUUCAAUCCAUAAUGACACGAUGUGUCUGUAUACGAGGUGAUAAUUUAACGCUCUUAUUUGAGGCUUAGUGUUAGAUUAUUUUGGACAAUGAAACGAUCUGAAAAAAAAAUGCGAAGACAACCAUUUUUGCCACUUAUUCUUUUUCUUUCAAUGUUACUAUUCCUACUGGAACGUGGCCGGCAAAGUGCUUUGUUCACUACCGUAGUUAAUUAUUGAAGGGCUUUAUUUUCCUGCCAAUAAUGCAUGAAGUUCUGUAUUAUGUGGCAAUUACAAUCAUGAUAAACUACACCCAGAAAGUCAAGAACAUAUAUUUUCCUGACCGUGAACGUAAUCGAAUCCGUCCUCACCAGAUAGACGAUCCAAUGUCUAUCCAAUAAACUCAUUGAAGACCGAAGUUUUUGCAGUCCUACAAAAAUUUGAUAACCGCUGUUGAUAGGUACUAUCACAGGGAUUCCCAUAAAAACGUUGUACGGCCGUGCUGAGCUGAGCCAAAUAUAACCGUUUCGAAGAUCAGUUUACGGUUGACCAUGGGAGCAUUAACAGUUAUGGGAUUGGCGCUGGCGCUAAGCUUGUCCAUCGUUCGUUCGGCAGAAGGAAGUAAGGUUUUUCAUUUCUUUAUCGCGUUUUGGUUGUUAUAAGAUGUGAAAUAUUUUCGUUACAGCGGGGACCUGCGGAGAAAGAAAGUUGGCAACUUCUGCACUGAUUGCUCAUGGGUACAUCGCACGGGCGGGUGCAUGGCCAUGGCAUGGUGCAAUGUUUCAUAAAUACAACUCAGAUGUAACCAAGUAUGCGUGUGGCGUGACGAUUUUGACGGAGCAAAUUGUAUUAACGGCAGCCCACUGUACGUAUGAUAGAAGGCAAAGGCUUCCGGCUGAUCGUAUAUUUGUCAAGGUGGGAUUCAGCAACAUAGACUUACCGGAGGAUCAUGUGCGGCAAUUCAAUGUCGACAGGAUUGCCAGACACGAAGAAUACAUUAUGGACACGUUUGAAAAUGACAUCGCAUUGCUUAAGCUAUCUUGUGAAAUUACCUAUACCAAUUACAUACAGCCCGUAUGUUUAUGGCAGGGUGAUACUCAUUUGAGCAAAAUAAUCUCAAAAAUAGGAUACGUAGUAGGAUGGGGACUUGAUGAAGGAUUUAAUACACCCAAAAAGCUAUCCGAAGCAACGAUGCCAAUAGUGUCCAGCAAAAAAUGCUGGGAGAGUGAUAGGUGGCAUUACAACAAGUUUUACUUCGAGUCAAAAACAUUUUGUGCAGGCCACCGCAAUGGUACUCAUGUCAAUCCUGGAGACAGUGGAAGUGGAUUGUAUAUGCAGAAGGGUUCGAACUGGGUUCUACGUGGAAUUGUUAGUAAUGCCAAAAUUAAUCCAGGCACAUUAAACAUACAGGCAGACAGUUACGCUAUAUUCACAGACGUUGCUUAUUAUUUAAACUGGAUCAAAACAAAGGUGCCUGACAUAUCUUAUUUUGCUGCAGAUACAGAGCAAAUCAUUGAAACUGAAUUUGAUAGUGAAGCCAAUCUGCUUGAUUUGAAAAACUGCGGCAAGUAUACCUAUCCGCCAGGAUCUCAUGAAAAAGGAAAUGAAUGGGUGAGCCUGUAUCCCUGGGAGGCUGUUAUCAGCAUAUAUGACGUUAUACAAGAUUACGAGUACCGAUUUCUUGGAUUUUUGAUUCAUCCUAUUUUUUUAAUUACUCGUGCCAAGAACUUCAUGCAUUCUGAUCUACGACAAAUGUAAGUUGAAUCCAUACUUGACAUAUUUAUUCAUUUUUUUUAUAUGUCUUUUUCAUUAUAUUUUUCAGUUUGGCAUUUUUCAACGAUUUCGGCAGCAUAAACAACACAGCAACAAUAAUCCGCAUUGAAAAUAUAUUUAAACAUCCGGACUUUGCAGUUAGAAAGAAUGCCAACGAUAUAGCGAUGGCUAAGUUAGAGCGACCAGCCACUGUGAACCCAAUAUGUCUUCCUUUAUUGGAUCCAUUGGAACUGCCAGAUGCUACACAACUCUACACGAUUGGUGUGCAUCUUUUCGUCGAGAUCAGAGAUUUCCAAAAUGUGACACAGCUGGUUGAUUUGGAAGUCUGUCAGAGACAGCUUUCCAAAGCAAGUGAUCAUAUGAAUUUGACUGCGGAUCAUGUUUGCAGCAGCAGCACUAUUGCUAUCGAGUACGCGGAUUUUAUGAGUUAUUAUUUAGUAUGGCAGCCUGUGAAACAAGAUUUCUUUAAAGGUCAGUGCUUCCUCGCAGCCUUCAAUACCAUUAGAUUCAGUGGUGCCCCGUCGGAAUAUUUUACAGUGUUCACAAAUGUGGCUUAUCAUUUCAAGUGGAUUCGUGAGACGAUUGAUUAUGAAGAAAAUUUGUAGCAAUAUUAGUAAAUCAGAUUUGGCUUAGAACGUUUGUUUUCAUUCUUUCAUUUUUGUUAUUGUAAAAUU